ACAGGUGAACUUUGUUUGGAGGUCAUGUUUACAAACAGAAUGUUUUGUCGGACAUUCCUGUUGAUUUCUCUAACAUAUGGAUAUUUUAUUCAACUUAGUUAUUCCAAAACACGCUGUCCUAAGCACUUCUGUACUUGUACCAGUCGGACAGUGUCCUGUGUAAAACACGGAGACCGUUUAAGGUAUAUCCCAACCCUUCCAGAGAACACGGAAGUAUUGGUGUUCAAGGGGAAUUCCCUCCCGUCUGUCACUCGAGACACGUUCCGGAAUAUAACAAAUCUCCGGCUCAGGGAACUGGUUCUCGGAGGGAAUCAAAUUAAGAACAUUUCAAGUGAUGCCUUUGAAGUUUUCAAUCAGCUGACUUUCUUAGACCUUAGUGGGAAUCAGAUUUCUGUGUCGAUCCUGAAGGACAGUUUUCACGGACUUCGUUACAGUAGACUGAAGAAAUUGUAUCUGAUCCAGAUGGAUCUACCAGACUUGCCAGAGGACAUGUUUUACCAUCUGCAGAAUGUUUCUACUCUUGAGGGAAUUUCCCUUAAUGGAAAUAGUCUAACAAAAUUUUAUGGGCGGGUGUUUUCAGUCUUACCAGGAUUAAGAAAUAUUGGCCUCAACAACAACUACAUUAAUAAAACAGACUUUGAAGGUGCCCAUCACUUAAAGGUUAUUCGGCUACGAUAUAAUAAAUUAUACAGGGUGCCAAUCUUUUGUAACUCUUCAAAGUCACUUGUUCCUAAUUUAAGGGUCAUCGAUCUAGGCCAGACCCGCAUUUCUGAAAUUAACAGAAACAAACUUAGAGGCAUUUGUCUACCAAGACUUCGAAAUCUUACUUUAGAUGGAAAUCCCCUCCAGGUCAUUCCAAACAACACGUUUUCAGACCUACCUUCUCUGGUACGUCUCUCUAUUAAGUAUUUACUUUCAAAUGAUAUUGUAUUUGAAACUACAUGUUUCAAUAGCUCUUCAUUGCGUCUUUUGUACAUUGCAAACCACAUGAACAUGUUUCCGGAUGUCAACGGUCCAAGUCAACCUAUGUCAGAUUACAAAAACAUAUUUCGAUACUGCCGUGGGUUGCAGGUACUGGACAUGACAAAGAUUCGACUGACCACCUACGAUGGAGUGAUGCUUUACGAACUCCUUCACCACCUGACCAGUCUAACCAAGCUGAUUCUACAAAGCACCUCCGCACUGACUCUCCCAGGAAACUUGUUUUCAGAAAUGCCAUUCCUGAAAUCCCUUAACUUGCAAAAGUGUUUACUGAGCAGAUGGGAGAGUUGGGUAUUUGAAAAUGUUACAUCGGUUAAAACUUUGUAUCUUGAUGGCAACGAAAUUGCGAUAAUUAACAAGACCUCUUUCCCCCGAGAAUUUUUGAAAAACAUAAAACGUCUGUCCCUGGGAAAGAACCCGUACCUCUGUACAUGUGAUUUAAUGUGGUUCCGGGACUGGCUUAGGAACAAUACGAAAGUUCUGCUUCUCUGGCCAUUUGCAUAUCAGUGUAAAUCCCCCAGAAACUGGGCAGGAAAAACUCUGUCGGAAUUCAACCUGUCUUAUUCGGAAUGUCAUCCACUGAAUCCCUAUGUCGUUGCAGCCGCUGCUGUGUCUGCAGCUCUAGCUCUGGUUGUCAUUAUUGGUAGUGUGAUAUAUUAUUAUCGAUGGCACAUUAAAUACUACAUAUAUUUAAUGCGUGCCAGGAAACGUGGAUACGAACCGUUACCCGGUGAGGACGAUUUCAUGUAUGACGUAUUUGUUGCUUAUCACUCAAACGACCGUGUCUGGGUAAUUUCGGAGUUAAUUCCGUGUUUGGAAAAGAAAGAAAAUCUUAGACUUUGCCUUCAUGAUCGAGAUUUCGAUGUCGGCAAAUUGAUUAUUGAUAAUAUUACCGAGAACAUUCACGGAAGCCGUAAAGUGGUCUUGCUAUUAACCAACAACUUUGUCCGGAGUCGCUGGUGUACGUUUGAGAUGACCCUGGCCCAGGCCCUGGACGUGGAGGGCGGGAGGAGUUCUCUAGUCGUUGUGAUGUUGGAAAACAUUGAAAUUCAAAAUAUGUGUAACUCUUUGCAUAUUCUACUGAAAACAACGACUUUCUUAGAAUGGCCCACUGAUAAGUCUGUGAGGGAACUUUUUUGGAGAAGACUUGUAGCAUCCGUUAAGUCAUAGUUUUCUUGUGUAGAUCCUACUAGUCCAUAUGUUUUAUUUUCAGAAUGGGUUAUAUAUGAUCAAGGGUGUUUUUUAUGA